UUAAGGAGAAUUUUUCAGUCUUGCUUGUGCUGGUUCAUUUAAAAUUUAUUUCUUUAUUCCUCUGCUCUAGGAUUAAUUUAGAGCAAGAGAGGGGAGGCAUCACUUCACACUCACAAUUAGGAAUCUCAUUUGGUUUUGCUGCAGUAGAUGAUUGAUUGUCUGAUGUGAAUCAGGUACUGUUCCUGAAAACAAGAGGAAACAUGGUUUGUACAGCGAAUGAAGCUUAAAUUCCUGGACCAAAACUGAGGGCUUUUUUUGGGAAGGAUGGCAACACCAUAUGUACCUGUUCCUAUUCCUAUUGGAAGUUCAUCAUCCAGCUUUACAAACAGAAACCAAAGAAGUUCUUCCUUUGGCAGCAUCUCAACAAGUUCAAGUUCCUCAAAAGGACAGCUGGAGGACACUACAGUUGAUAGUUUUAAAAAGAUGAGCGUGCCUGACCAGAUUGGUUCCACAUCAUCUGCAUGUAGCAGUCCACUUGUUAGGACUAAAUUUACAGGUCUGGAUACAUCCAUAGAAUACUGUACUCAGCCUGUAGAAGAAAUAGAGCAGAAUGAAGAUUCCAGGAGUUGGGAAGAUCGACCAUCCACACCUACUAUUCUGGGCUAUGAGGUGAUGGAAGAAAGGGCAAAAUUCACUGUAUACAAAAUACUGGUGAAAAGAAGUCCAGAGGAAAGCUGGGUGGUUUUCAGACGGUACACAGAUUUCUCCAGGCUUAAUGACAAGCUGAAAGAUAUGUUUCCGGGCUUUCGGUUGGCCCUUCCGCCAAAGCGCUGGUUCAAGGAUAAUUACAAUCCUGACUUCUUGGAAGAUCGACAGCUGGGGCUGCAGGCAUUCCUCCAGAACCUAGUAGCUCAUAAAGAUAUUGCUAACUGCCUUGCAGUGAGAGAAUUUCUUUGUCUGGAUGAUCCUCCGGGUCCUUUUGACAGCCUAGAAGAGAGCAGGGCUUUCUGUGAAACUCUGGAGGAAACAAAUUAUCGCCUACAAAAAGAACUGCUUGAAAAACAAAGGGAGGUUGAAUCACUGAAGAAACUAUUAACUGAAAAGCAACUUCAUAUUGAUGCUGUUGAAAGAAGAAUUAGGGAUUUAUCUUUAGGAAAAAUGACUCGUCAAAUGUCAGGAGAAGAAAGUGAGUGCAGUGGUGAGGUGGAGUCUUCUGCAGUAGAAGCAGACCAGGGUACCCUGGGUGAGGACAGCUGCUCAGACAAAGAGAACCAUGAACCAUGCUGGAGUGGCUCUUUGGCUGGAAAUCCUGUCCCAGAAAUUGAAGUUGCUGAAGUAGCCUAUACCGUGGAUGAAGAAUAGCUGAGCUGCUAGCAGCAGCUGUUACCUGGGAAAGGUUCAUGUUAAGGGUGUAUCUGUGAGUAGGAUCAUAGAGGAGCUGUGAAGAAUUUACAGCAAAGAGCAAGAAUGCACAUCUUGAAUGUUUACAUAAAUCCUUACAAAUCAUAAAUGUAAGAAAUAUACCCAGUGCUGCUUUGAUUUCAGUUUUUAUCUAGCCUUUAUAUAUUUAAUAUAUUGAAGUCUAAUAAGGGCUAAAAUCAGCUAAAGUUUAGAUAGUGUACAUACACAUUUGGCUGACUUUCCUAGCAGAAUUAUAAAAGUUUCACAUUUAAUCAUGGAACACAUCAAACUCAUAUGUCAUCUACAUUGCCACUUGUUGUGACACAUUUGAUGUGUUCAUCUGUUUGGUAUUUGUGUUUUCUUAUAGCCAUAAAAUAAUGCUUGCUGAAGUAAAAAUGGACUCGGUUGUGUUUAGGAAUGGAGAAUGUGUUCAUUUUAAAUUCUGAAGUUGAAGAUUAAGUUUCUCUGGAAAUUUUAUGCAAUGCAAUAGGAAAACUUCCAGUACCAAGAGAAAAGUAGUUACAAAAUGGGAUCGUAGUUGGACAUUGUAAAAUGGUCAUUUUUGCUGAAAGAAUUGAUCUGAGACCCCCAAAACACUGUGUAUUUUCAUCCCAAGAUAGCAUGCUGUAAUACUUUUUGUUCAGUAAUGCUGCUUUGAAAAUCUGGGAUCUCUUUGUUAUAUACCCAUGUAACAACAAAAUCUGUAUUUUUGCCUUUUACUCAGAAUACUACCUCUUACCACCACCUUGCUCAUGCAUUCAUGUUUGUUUAAAAAUAUUCCUGAUUAUAUGGAGGUUAUUGAAAGACUUGUAAAGAAGCCAUAUUUUUUCCUGCACAGUUCAUAACUAGAUUGAAUCUAGUCGCAGUGUAUUUUUGUUUCAAUAUAUUGUACACAUGGGGAUGUUGGUACCUAUGUUGUAUAGCCUAUUUUUCAAAAUGUAUUAAGACAGGAGAUGCACUUUAUAAUUAAGACUCCAUUGUGCCAAGUUCAGUUGGCUAAUUGGUUGAGAAAUGGGAGUUGCAGGGAGAGGAUUAUGCAGUGCCUUUUUUGUAUUUUACUUGUUCAUUACUGCAGAAUUUUGUUACAGUGCUCUGGGUCAGUUCUGUGGAAUCUUUGAUACAGCAUUUUUCUGUUCUUAUUUACUGAAAGUGCCUUGUUUUAUUAUGCUUUUCCAAUAGGAAGAAUGCUGGUUUUUUUUUUUUUUUUUUUUGCCCUAUACCACCCACAUCGUUGUUUAAUGUUGUCAAUAUGCAGUGUCUUUGUGCUGGAGUUUUCAAAGGGAGCUUUGUACUUCAGGCUAUGCAUACAAUGACCUUUAUGCAGAACUGUUUAAACCUUCCUGGUGAAAUAAAACUAUGGACAAAACACCUGUCUUCUUUCUUUGCAUUGUAGAAAAAAAAAACCACAUUUACUUCCUUGUCUAGUCAAAGGAUGAAAUACUGCUAGAAUGAGACAUUUCUUACCUCAGAGAUUUCCUGCACUUACUCAGCCUUGGUGUGAGUCUCCUAUUUGUACCAAAAAUUGUCUGCAUGAAAAUGAAUGAGAAUGCUGUGACGCCAGAAAUGUUACUGUGCUUUUG